CCUCCUCCCUAGCCCUCCCUUCCCACGCCCCAGUGAGCUGUGGGAUAGUGGCUCUAUAAAGUAUACCCUCUCUCGGAGCACGAAAAGAAGCCCGAGACAGGAGGGGGAUGAAGAUGGCGGACGCCAAGCAGAAAAGGAAUGAACAGUUAAAGCGGUGGCUUGGCUCGGAGACGGACCAGGAGCCUCCUGUUCUGAAAAAAAAGAAGACGAAGGUGAAGUUCGAUGAUGGCGCCGUGUUUCUGGCCGCCUGCUCAAGCGGUGAUACAGAGGAGGUGCUCCGUUUGCUUGACCGGGGCGCUGACAUCAACUACGCCAAUGUAGACGGUCUCACUGCUCUCCACCAGGCCUGCAUAGAUGACAACAUCGACAUGGUGACGUUCCUGGUGGAGCACGGGGCCAGCGUCAACCAGCCCGAUAAUGAAGGCUGGAUCCCCCUCCAUGCUGCUGCUUCUUGCGGAUACCUGGACAUAGCAGAGUAUCUGAUCAGCCAGGGUGCUAAUGUUGGAGUUGUGAACAGCGAGGGGGAGACCCCUCUGGACAUUGCUGAAGAGGAGCCAAUGGAGGAACUUCUACAAAAUGAAAUAAACCGACAAGGGUUGGACAUAGAAGCAGCCCGUAAAGAGGAGGAGCGGAUCAUGCUGAGGGACGCCCGGCAGUGGCUCAACAGCGGCCAGAUUCAAGACACCCGGCAUGCGAAAUCAGGAGGAACGGCGCUCCACGUAGCCGCCGCUAAAGGAUACGUGGAGGUUUUAAAGCUUUUAAUCCAAGCAGGGUAUGACGUCAACAUUAAAGACUAUGAUGGCUGGACGCCUCUACACGCAGCGGCACACUGGGGCAAAGAGGAGGCCUGUAGGAUACUGGUGGAGAAUCUGUGCGACAUGGAUCUUAUUAAUAAAAUGGGCCAGACUGCUUUUGAUGUAGCCGAUGAAGAUGUAUUGGGAUACUUAGAGGAGCUACAGAAGAAACAGAAUCUGCUUAUGAGUGAGAAGAAAGAUGUUAAGAAGUCUCCUCUGAUUGAAACAACAACCACGGAAGACAACAACCAAUCACUGAAAACACCUAAAAGCAAAGAGGCGCUGCUUCUGGAGCCAGAGAAGACGGCUCCACGCAUCGAGACCUUGGAGCCAGAGAAGGUGGACGAAGAGGAAGAGGGCAAGAAGGACGAAUCAAGCUGCUCAAGUGAAGAGGAAGACGAGGAAGACUCAGAGUCUGAAAAUGAAGCAGAUAAGAGCAAGACUCCAGCAGCGGUGACCAGCAGCACGACCACCACCCCGGCCACAGUCAGCGCGUCAUCUCCAACCAGUCCAACUAAUCAGGUGACCACGCCCACUUCACCAGUUAAGAAGUCUGAUUACAUUACACCUCUCAUGCCUUUGGCGGAGCCAGGCUGUCCUGCAUUGUGGCGUCAAGGUUUGCGCAAAACUGGCAUUUCUCUUGUGCCCAAAAAACCUAUGGUCGUUCAGCCGGCUGGAAAGGUCUCAACCAAAGUGGUGGAGGAGGAUAGGAAGGACGAGUCUCCGGCAUCAUGGCGUCUGGGUCUGAGGAAGACGGGCAGCUAUGGGGCGCUGUCUGAGAUCACAGCCACAAAGGAGGCUCAGAGGGAGAAGGACACUACAGGCGUAAUGCGCUCCGCCUCAAGCCCUCGCCUCACCUCGUCUCUGGACAAUAAGGAAAAAGAAAAGGAGAAGGACAAAGGAACCAGACUUGCGUACGUGGCUCCAACCAUCCCAAGGAGACUUGCCAGUACUUCAGACAUCGAUGAGAAGGAAAACAGGGACUCCACAGCUCUGAUACGUAGCGGCUCAUACACUCGGCGACGCUGGGAUGAUGACUUGAAGAACAGCGAAGGAAGCUCCUCUACCAACCGAACCUCCAGCUACCAGCGCAGCACGUCCCAUACGCUAGCGCUUGGGCGGAGCGGCAGCACGCGGGACGUGCCAGCCAAGUCUUCGUCCACCUCCAGCUUGGACCCUAACACCUGUAACACUAAACCCUGGCAGCCACCCACCUCCCACUACCCGUCUUACAGCAUUUACCGCAGCGGCUCUUUUGGCAGACGACACGAGGAGCCCAGCUCCACCACCUCCUCCUCUUCUACAACCACCACCUCCUCGUCUGUUACCUCACCCACAGGCCAUCGCAGCCUCCUCUCCAGCCUGGGUUCCUCUUCCACCCGAACUGGCUCCACCAGUCUCACCAGCAGGUACUGGUCUGAGGAGAGUGCAGAGAGGGAAAAGGAGAAGGACUCGGCUGCUGUUAUACCCACUAUAAACACUGGCUCCACCACGACAACCACGUCUGCCACUACCACAACCGCCCUAUCAACCACUAGCACCGGCGUAGUCACCGGCUCAGAACGGCGCAGGUCGUACCUGACACCGGUGCGAGACGAGGAGUCGGAGUCUCAGAGGAAAGCUCGAUCCAGACAGGCCCGCCAGUCGAGGAGGUCCACACAGGGCGUGACUCUGACUGACCUUCAAGAGGCUGAAAAAACAAUCGGCAGGAGUCGUCCGCAAAAGACGGAGGAGAAGGAGGAGAAAGAGAAGCAGGACAAGGAGAAACAGCAGGAGGAGAAGAAGGAGACUGAGACUAAGGAGGAUGAUUACCGAUCAAAGUACCGGAGCUUUGAAGAGCGUUAUCGGCCGUCGUCUUCGUCCUCUGCCAUUUCAUCCGUCAGCACUGCCUCCACAACUCCGUACUCCAGCUCGUCGUUGUCCUCCACCUCCAGCUCCCUCAACAGGCCCAACAGUCUGACGGGAAUCACCUCAUCUUAUAGCAGAUCCUCUCGAGAAGCAGAAAAGGAAGCGGACAGAAGGGAUGAGGAAAAGGAAGGGGAGGACAAGUCUCAGCCCCGCUCCAUUCGGGAUCGCAGGCGGCCCCGCGAGAAGAGGCGCUCCACUGGGGUGUCCUUCUGGACUCAAGAUGGUGAUGAAAAUGACCCGGAGCAGCAGUCUGACUCGGAGGAGGGCAGCACCAAAGGAGACUCACAGAGCGACAGAUUGUCCAGAAAUGAGAGCACUUCAUAUUUAGAUCGCAACGAUGCUCUUUAUACCCGUAGUUAUGGUGAGAGUCGAAGGCCGUACUCAAGCCGGUUGGAUAGAGACGACACCACUGAUUACAAAAAGCUCUAUGAGCAGAUCUUAGCUGAAAACGAGAAGCUGAAGGCUCAGUUACGCGACACUGAUCUGGAACUGGCAGACUUGAAGUUACAGUUAGAGAAAGCCACACAGAGGCAGGAACGCUACACUGACCGAUCCCAGCUUGAGAUGGAGAAAAGGGAAAGAAGAGCUCUAGAAAGGAAGAUUUCUGAGAUGGAGGAGGAACUUAAGAACCUCCCCCAGGUAAAGCAGGUUCAGACCCUGCGGCAAGUUAAGGAGCGGCUGCAGGCUGAGAACCGGGCCCUGGCCCGCGUGGUGGCCAAGCUCUCACAGUCGGCCUGCAGCCAGCUGCCCGCCAGCGACCUCUAAGCCACGUUUGUCUGUCCACCACCAUCUUCUCCUUCUGUCCUCUUUUAUCCCCUCCCUCUCUUUCUUCUCAUGCUCCAUUUGUGCUCUGCCCCGCACCCGUAGACAGAUGCUCCCUGACUUGAAAGCAGACAACCAGAGACUAAAGGACGAGAACGGAGCACUCAUUCGCGUCAUUAGCAAGCUUUCCAAGUAGAAACAGACCCCGCCCUCGACCGCCCCUUCUUCUGCACCCGCUUGUCCCCCCCCAUGGCAGCAACUAAUGGAAUUGCACAUAUAGAUAUUAAUUGCAACAGACAUCAGAGACGAGACUCCUCCUUUUGUUCUGUUUCCCCAAGCUCUCCCUUUUUUGCUCCCUCACCACCACCGCUGCAGCCUCCAUCCAUCCCUCCAUCCAUCCAUCCCUCCAUCCUCCCUGGGCUGUAGUCCUCCUGAUCGGUGUGGCCGCUGUUCUGAUAGAAGCGCUGAGUUUACAGAGCAAAAAGGAGAAAGCGUUUGAGAGCGACGUGGACGGAGAAGCCUGAAAACUAUUUAACCAAUAAGCCUUAGUUGUACAUAAGAAGAAAAACACUUGCAUCAAUCUCCUUUCUCUCAGCUAUCACUGAUGAACAGAUAUUAUCCUUCACCUGAUUUUAUUUGUGCCACUCUUAUUUGUUUUUUUGCUCCUGUUUCCUCUCUGUGUUGUGUGCGGUGUGAUUUCCUCCUCCCCUUUUUUAAAGCGCUACUUCCAGCACCUAAUUUAUCAUUAUUAUUUGCGCCCCAUGCACCCCCCCAUGCCCAAUCAGGCUCGCAGAUCACAAGCACACAUCAUCUCCCCCCCCUCCCCCUGUUUUCGUACCUCUGUGCGUCUUCCUCCAAGAGGGAAAAAAAAUGAAUUCUGGCGGAUCUGGUGGAGUUUAAGCUUUCACUGUAUGUGCAAUAUGCAUUUCUUUCUUUCUUAAAAAAAAAAAUGCUUUAAUGAGUUCAUCACAUGUAGGAUUUCCACUCCUGACGCUUCCAUCGCUCCAUUUCUUCUCCUUUUUUUUUUCUUUUAAGUUUGUAGUCUGUUUAUAUAUUUCUCACUUUGUUUUAGCAGGUACUGAGUGAUUCUGUAUAUACCUGUACGUAUUUUGUUUGAGAGCAGCACAUGGCAUGCGUUUAUGGAUCCCGUCUGUUACUAUUAAAAACUAUACAAAUUCCAGAGGACAAAGAGGUGUGUUUUUAAUUAUUUUUCUUUUAUAGUUUAAGGAAAUCAGACACAGUAGUCUCUUUUAUGGGAUGACGUUUUUGUUUUCUUAUUUGUUUUUUUUUUUGGUUCAUAUAAUAGUGAAAUCUAAAGAGUUAUCGCUUCACUACAUUUCACUUUUAUUGUAUUCAGUAUCUUGGAUGAGUGCUGUUUUGUUUCCCAUUCUUUUUAAAAAGCUGUAGUAUUAUAGGCAAGAUAUUGUCACUUAAAUAAAAUGUUUGACAAAAAAAAAAAAGAAUUGAAUAUCUUAGAUAUUGCUAACCCAGUCCUUUCUACAUUGUCUACAUGCACUGUCGAUGCCAUGUGAGGAUUCGUUUGGGGUUAAAACGAAACGCCACCAUCAGCUGUUCCAUUCAACAUUUUAUGCAUUUCAGUGGCCUUUUAAGGAAGUUUUAGUAAAACAAGUUUAAGAGAAGAUAACUGCAGAUGGACUGACGGCUGUCUGCUCUGGUUUAGACUUUUUUUUUUUUUUUCAGUUCUUUCCUGUCAUCUUGUAAAAUAGGUGUGUGGCUUAAUACAUGCAAGCUGUGCUGUGACUACCAACCACUGAAGAGUUCAUUAAAAAUAAACUUGUACAUUGUAAAGUC